AUGAGUGAUGCUGGUAGUGGAAGUGAAAGUUCUAGCUCGGGAGCCAAUGAGGGUCCGGUCGAAUCGACCGUACAAAAUGCGAUCAACAAUCGCGCUCAGCGGGAAUAUCGCGAGGAGAUAGUGAAAGAUAUGGCCAUCGAAAAGAUGAAACAGAAAAUGCAUGACAUUGUCGAUCGGAUGAGUAAAGAUGUGGAGAAAAAAAUGGACCUCGCCGUGGAUGAUCUGUUCACCGAGGUGAAACAGUUCAAUCUGAAGAACUACGAGCUCAAACAACUUUUCAACGAAAAGGCGACCCAUGGGAUGGGCAGAGAUGGUCCUCGAAAGAGUGCCAAAUCGGGUGGGAAAUUGCCCGAUAAAGUGUUUAUGCCACGGAACUCGUUGCUGACUGAUCUGUUCGAAGUGAAACACAUCAAAACGAUCUACCACAUUUUCGUCGUGAUGUUGAUCAUUCUGUUCCUCAAUACUGUGGUGCACGAUUUUGUGGAUACUGGAAGUAUCAAUCUGGGUUUUCGACCGAUCAUUGCUGGGUUCGGGAAGUUCCACAUUGCACUGAUGCUGUGGUGUUGUAUGCAAACUUCCACCUUCUUGCUGUAUCCCUGCUUCAGAAUGUGGGCUGCAAAUCACAGGAACUGUAAACAGGGUUCUAUCGUUCAAAGACUUUGGGACUGGACUGCCCUCGUGCUGUUCGUCUCGUACCAGUGUGGAUUUAUCGUCGCUGCAAUUAAAGCUCACUUAUGGUUUGAUCUUCCACCAGCAAGUGGCGUGGCGUACCUCAUGGAAAUGACUCGCCUCCUAAUGAAAGCGCACGCCUUUGUCCGUAGUAACGUGCCGAGAGCAUUAACAAACGAUAACAAGCAUGCCGACUGCAAGCCAGCGUCUCCAGACACUUUUCGUGGCCUACCAUCGUUCUCAACCUAUGUGUACUUCUUAUUUGCACCCACCUUAGUAUACCGGGAUGAAUAUCCACGCACGAAGCAGAUCCGAUGGCGCGUUGUAGCUCGUCAUGCGCUUGAGGUGAUUGGAGUCGUGUUCUACAUCAGCUUCAUCCUGGAACGCUUCCUGGCACCUUUAUUCGCGAAGUUUGGCCAUGCCAAAAUUAGUUCCGGUAGCUUCGUCCUGUCACUAUUCGGUAGCAUUAUGCCCGGUUCGUUAUCAUUCCUGUGUGCCUUCUACAGUUUGCUGCAUGCGUGGAUGAAUGGUGCGGCAGAGCUAUUGCGAUUUGCCGAUCGGAUGUUCUAUCGUGACUGGUGGAACGAGUCCACCUUUGCCGGAUACAUCCGAUCGUGGAACGUGGUGGUGCACGAUUGGCUAUACACGUACGUGUACAAGGAUUGUGUCGAGCAUGUGUUCCGUAACUGUAGGCCACUUGCUACGGUGGCCGUGUUUACUGUGUCGGCCGUGUUCCAUGAGCUCAUACUGGCGUUUACGUUCCGUUUCUUCUAUCCGGUAAUGUUUGUACAGUUCGAGUUUCUUGGCCUGUUGCUGAUGUUUGUCACCAAGCGAAUGGGCAAGGAUGUGGGAAAUGUGCUCCUGUGGUUGAUGCUUUCCAUAGGGAAUGGGUUGCAUCUGAGCCUGUACAAUAUGGAGUACUACGCCCGGCGAAAUUGUCCGGAUAUUGGAGAUUCGAUCGUCGAUUACAUGGUGCCUGUAUCGUGGUCUUGCAACGGUAUAUCGCAUAACCCUAAUUGGACCAUUACGGCACCGUGGAGUCUCCAAUGA